CCAUCCGCCCGCUACCCGCCGUCAUCUUAACAGUCACGCGCUCACGUUAACAGCAGCGUGCGUGAGACCGACCCAGCGCGCGCUCCGUGACGUAGUGUCACCGUGUACCUGGUCCGUUACAGUGGGAUUAGCUAGCGGCUAACGGUUAGCAGCGUUAGCAGCUAGCGGCUAGCAGAAGAUGGAGGACUUUCUUUCGAGCUGCUCCGGGGCCGUGAAGUAACAUCAUGUGGUCCAGGUGAAUCUGGAUCAGGCCGGUUCAGGGUUCCACGUGGUUCUGGGUAAUGAAGCCUGCGACGUGGACUCCAUGGUGUGUGCUCUGACCUACGCCUACUUCCUGUCCAAGCAGACCGGUUGCUCAGAAACGCUCGUGGUCCCGAUGCUGAACAUCCGUCAGUCGGAGCUGCCGCUGCGCUCGGACAGCGUCUACCUGCUGCGACAGGUCGCGCUGGACCCCGAGCUGCUGCUGUUCAGGGACCAGCUGGACCUGCGGGACCUGCACCGGGGGGGCCGCCUGCGGCUGACGCUGGUCGACCACAACGUCCUGCCCAGGUCAGACAGCGACCUGGAGGGGGCGGUGGUGGAGGUGAUUGACCAUCACCUGCAGGAGAGAGCGUCCUCCCCCUCCUGCCCUGUUACCGUGGAGGUGGUGGGCUCCUGUGCGACCUUGGUAACGGAGCGUAUCCUGCAGAAGGCCCCGGAGGUCCUGGACCAGCAGGUGGCCCAACUGCUCUACGCUGCGGUGGUGUUAGACUGCGUGAACAUGGCGCCCUCAGCAGGUAAAGUCACCCCCAAAGACGAGCACAUCGCGGCGGCGUUGGAAUCUCGUUUUCCGUCUCUGCCGCCGAGAGACGACUUCUUCCAGACGCUGAACGAGGCCAAGUUCAACGUCUCAGGGCUGAACACUGAGCAGAUGUUGCUGAAGGACUUGAAAGCUGUUUCAGGAAGUUUGAAUGUCGCCGUCUCUGUUCUGUACGUCCCACUAGAGGACUUCCUGCAGAGGGCGGGGCUAGAGGCGGAGCUCUCGGGUUUCUGCAUGAAGUUUGGAUUCGACCUUCUGCUGCUGAUGACCAUCUCCUUCAGCGAGAGCAGAGAGCCAAUCAGAGAGCUCGCUGUGUUCAGCCACAGCGCCGCCUGCAGACAACAGGUGAGCCACUACCUGGAACAGGCACGUGACCCCGCCCUCAACCUCUCUCCGAUCACCAACCCUCAUCCGCGCGUUGCAGCCUAUCAGCAGGGAAACUCUAUAGCGUCCCGUAAGAAGCUACUCCCCAUCGUUAAGGACUUCCUCAAGGAGCGAGAGGGAGGCGGUUGCCUGGGAGACGGUUGCCUGGGAGAUGUGGAGGAGGAGGACGAGGACUCGUGCUUCCCCCCCACCCCCAUGAACAGUCUGGCGGAGGGCUGUCCCCUGGACAACGGACUGCCGCACAUCAGCGCUCUGGACCUGGAGGAGAAGUUCAGCAAGAUGGCCGAAAGAAAAGGGAACUGACCUCUGACCUCAGGCCUGUCAGUCGUCAGUCUCAUGACGACGGUAUCACCGACACCAAAAAACAUUUCUAUCUUAGAUUCAAGUCACUUUUUGUAUUACUCAAACACGGGAUUUUAUUCAAAGACAAUCCUCUGGACUAACUUUUGUCCCUUCAAAAUAAAAUGUCACAUGCUUA